AGCGAGCACUUUACUACUGGAAUAAUGAGUAUAUCCUGAGCCUGAUGAGUGAUAACGCUGUGCAGAUUCUCCCAAUUAUGUUCCCAUCUCUGUACAGAAAUUCCAAGAACCAUUGGAAUAAGACUAUACAUGGACUGAUAUACAACGCCCUGAAGCUCUUCAUGGAGAUGAAUCAGAAGCUCUUUGAUGACUGCACCCAACAGUACAAGGCUGAGAAGCAGAGGGGGAAGAUCAGAGGCAGAGAGCGAGCAGAGAUGUGGAAUCGCAUUGAGGAAAUGGCGCGGUUGAACCCACAGUACACUAUGUAUAAUUCUCCUCCUGCUCUCAGCCUGAUCUGCUCCAUGGAGACAGACACCCCGACCGCUGAGGAUAUUCAGAUCCUAAAGAAGACAAUGGAGACUGAGGCUGUGCAGGUGCCGCGUCCAUCUCCUCAGGAGCAGAUGCUUCUUAGCAAGAAAUCAGAACUUCCGCAGGAUAUUUACACCAUCCGAGCGCUGGAGUCUCACAAGAGAGCGGAGGAAUAUUUGAGUAGCAGUAAGGAGACCCUCUGACCCCCUGAGCCCAGGACUCUCUACCCAUCCUGCCCCCCUGGACAUGAGGGUCCGUACCCUGUGAUACCAACCUGUGACCAGGAGGCGGCAGUCAUCAAGCUCCAUCUGAAUCUGUUCCAAAACUUUUUAUACUUUACAUUUGAAGAACCUUGAUGUAGGACCCGGGGGCCACAGUGGGGCCCUUCCUUCCUGGCCAUGCAUGCAAGACACCCAUCAUUGUCCUCUGGAGAUGAAUACAGCUGCUCCGCAGGUGGAAACAACAAUGCUACAGCUGGAAGCCCCCCAUAAGUGGCCUCCGCCUCAAUGGUCUGACUCCUCCACCUCAAUGGCCUGACCCCUCCCCCUCAAUGGUAUGACUCCUCCCCCUCAAUGGUCUGACUCCUCCCCUCAAUGAUCUGACUCCUCCCCCUCAAUGGUCUGACUCCUCCCCCUCAAUGAUCUGACUCCUCCCCCUCAAUGGUCUGACUCCUCCGCUUCAAUGGUCUGACUCCUCCGCCUCAAUGGUCUGACUCCUCCCCCUCAAUGGUCUGACUCCUCCCCCUCAAUGGUCUGACUCCUCCGCCUCAAUGGUUUGACUCCUCCCCCCUCAAUGGUCUGACUCCUCCCCCUCAAUGGUCUGACUCCUCCCCCUCAAUGGUCUGACUCCUCCCCCUCAAUGGUCUGACUCCUCCCCCUCAAUGGUCUGACUCCUCCCCCUCAAUGGUCUGACCCCUCCGCCUCAAUGGUCUGACCCCUCCGCCUCAAUGGUCUGACCCCUCCGCCUCAAUGGUCUGACCCCUCCCCCUCACUGGUCUGACUCCUCCGCCUCACUGGUCUGACUCCUCCGCCUCACUGGUCUGACUCCUCCGCCUCAAUGGUCUGACCCCUCCGCCUCAAUGGUCUGACCCCUCCGCCUCAAUGGUCUGACUCCUCCCCCUCAAUGGUCUGACUCCUCCCCCUCAAUGGUCUGACUCCUCCGCCUCAAUGGUCUGACUCCUCCGCCUCAAUGGUCUGACUCCUCCCCCUCAAUGAUCUGACUCCUCCCCCUCAAUGGUCUGACUCCUCCGCUUCAAUGGUCUGACUCCUCCGCCUCAAUGGUCUGACUCCUCCGCCUCAAUGGUCUGACUCCUCCGCCACAAUGGUCUGACCCCUCCGCCUCAAUGGUCUGACCCCUCCCCCUCAAUGGUCUGACUCCUCCCCCUCAAUGGUCUGACUCCUCCCCCUCAAUGGUCUGACUCCUCCCCCUCAAUGGUCUGACUCCUCCCCUUCAAUGGUCUGACUCCUCCCCCUCAAUGGUCUGACUCCUCCCCCUCAAUGGUCUGACUCCUCCCCCUCAAUGGUCUGACUCCUCCCCCUCAAUGGUCUGACUCCUCCCCCUCAAUGGUCUGACUCCUCCCCCUCAAUGGUCUGACUCCUCCCCCUCAAUGGUCUGUGCGUUCCAUCGAGGCCACAGGAAAGGAAUAAAUUAUUUAUAAAGUCUGAGCGUCCACCUGUAUACAGUCACACGAGGGUCUCGCGGAUGAUCACAUGGUCUGAGCAGACGUGGAACCGAAAAAUAAAUGGUCAUGAAUAGUGUUUGCACCUGAUGAUUUCCUCUGGUGAUCAGGUAGAGAAGGUGCUGAGGGGACGAGGCGCGGCUAGUCCUGAUUAUAGAGGGAUAAGGGACGGAGGCUAGUCCUGAUUAUAG